AUGAACGAGGCCCUGGAUGCCAGUCCUCAGUGCACACCAAAAGAAAACAGCACUUUGCACAGCUCUGCGGAGAGACCUGGGGUGUGCCCGGGUGGAGGGUGGAGGGCGGCGGGCCGCUCCUCGGGGGUCACAGGGUCACAGGGCGGCGGGCCGCUCCUGGGGGUCACAGGGUCACAGGGCGGCGGGCCGCUCCUCGGGGUUCACAGCGUCUCUGGGCCUUCGGCAGACAACUCAGACUUGGGGCUGGCGGAGGAGCUGUGGAGCCAGCGCCCGCCCUGGGAGGGCACGCUGCUGGGCAGGAUCAGGACGAUGAUGGCCAUGGAGCAGAGCCUGGCGCUGGAGACCAUCUGCCGCUGCCUGGACGAGCACAGCCAGGACCCGGAGGAGCCCACGUCGGCCUUUGACAGCGGUGUGCACAAGUUCCUGGAGUUCCUGGGCCUGGACCCCAAGAAAUCUGAGGAGAAGGCCUUCCUCUUCCGCCUGUACGGGCUGAUCCUGCGCGAGUGCGCGUCCUCGGAGCGCGUGGAGCACCACCUGGCCUGCCUGCUCGAGCUGUCCCACCAGCCCCCCGGCCAGCGCGAGGGCAUCGCGCUGGCCGUGGGCCUGGCCUCCGCCCGGCACCUGAAGGAGGUGUGGGCGCUGCUGGAGCACCUCGGCCGCACCCGCUUCCUGAGGUCGGUGGCCACGCCCGAGGAGAGCCAGGACGACGUGCUGACCUCCAGCUUCCUCACCGCCGCCAUCCUGCUCACCAGGGCCCUCAAGCGCGAGUACGGAGUCCAGAACUACAAGUUCACGCAGAUGCCCGAGCUCAUCCACUGCCUGCUGGGAAUGCUCCAGAAGGAGCCCAACUUCCUGGCCACGCUCCUCCGGCAGAAGAUCAUCCUGGUCAUCGUGGGCCUGAGCAACCUGCGGCCGAGCCUGAAGCCGCUGGAGAAGUCUCGGGUCCUGCAGACCUGCCUGCGGAGCGUGUACGCGCUGCCCCCGCUCGAGCCCGCCCCCGACGUCAUGGUGCUGUAUAAGAAGACAGAGCGCGCCCUCGACCUGCUGCUCCAGAACUUUGUCUCGGAGAACCCGAGCAUGGACGAGGUCUGCUUCCUCCUGCAGCACAUGGAGCACUGGCUGAAAUCGGAAAGGACUCAUGAGGUCAAGCGCGCAGUGCAGUCCAUCUUCCUGCUCCUGCAGCAUGUGGUGGACUCCAUGAAGUUCACUGGAGAAGCCAUGCCUUCCAUGCUGGGCCACCAGAUCGGCCUGCUGGUCCUGCUGUGGAGGGACAGGGACGACGGCACCCGCUACCACGCCCACCAGUGCGUCUUCCUGCUCCUCCAGCUCAUGGCUCAGCAGAAGGGGGUGUCGGUGGAUCUGUCGCACUGGAAUAAAGUUAAGAACUUUGAAGCCAAGACCGCCAAAGACUGGGAUAUGAAGCUCCACCACACGGCCAAGGCCUUGGAGGAGGGCCUGACCGUGGCCCAGCACACGCAGCUGGUCCUCAUGCUGCUGGGCAGCCUCUGCAGCCCCAGCCACCUGCGCUGCGACCUGGCCUCCACGCUCCUGCAGCUCAUCUUCAGCGCGUCCAGCAUCAGGACCGAGCAGGUGGCGGAGAUCCUGCACAGCCUGUUCCAGGAGCUGCCCGCCAUCCAGUUCAAGAGCAUCCAGCAGACCAUGACCAAGGCGGUGCUGGACCUGGGCCUGCAGCACACCCAGGAGGUGGUGGAAGUGAUUCUGUCCCUGUGCCACCCCUCAGAGAGGCGGCUCCUGUCCCUGUGGAAGGCCCUGGCUGCCCGCUACCAGCUGGCCCGCAAGGUCAUGACCCUGCUGUACAUGAAGCUGAAGCUGCGGCCCCCCAAGGAGCACAUGCAGACCCCCCCCCAGGCCCACCUCAUCUCCCUGCUGGCCCUGAGCACCAUUUACGAGCUCCUCUACACCCGGGAGUACAGGGGCACCGUCCGCUGGGCCUUCGCGGGGCUUCUCCUGGGCCUGCUCACGCAGCUUCACUAUUUGUUUGAGCUGGGACUCGGGGAGGGCAUCUCGGACUACGAGGAGGACGACCUGGAGGCCAGGCCCCUGGGGCCCUGCAGGACCUGCCUGGAGGCCCUCAAGGGCCUCUUCUGGACCACCCAGUACUGGGAGGUGUUCGCCCACCUCAAGCUGCUCCAGGGCUGGGAGCUCUUUGAGCAGAUGGAGACGUACACAGACGGCGUGACCCUGCUGGCCAGGACCAUGGCCCAGUAUAACUGCGAGGUCAAGGCUGUCCUGGGACAGGCAGUCAUCUUUCUGAAGAGCGAGGAGGAGCGUGACAACGUCGUUGCCAUCCUCAUCAUCGCGGAGUUCCUCCACAGCCCCGACGUCUCCCAGCACGUGUCACGGAAGACCAUGAGCAGCUCCCUGAGCCGGGGCCUGAACAACCCCAACAGUCUGGUGCGCGCCUCGAGCCUGAGCGGACUCCGCUGCACCCGGAUGCGCCCUAAGAAGGUGACCCUGCUCCGGAAUCAGCUGAUGGGGCUGCUCGAGGGCUUCCUGCAGCCCGACCCCAGGGACCCCCUGGGCCUCAUGGAGAUCCUGGGUGACCUCCUGCACCGCCUGGGCGUGCAGGGCGCGGGCAUCGCCAGCCUCAGGAUCGCCCAGCACCUGCUGCCGCUGUUCGAGGACGAGAGGGCUGAGGUGAGAGGAGGCGCCAUCUUCCUGUUUGGGGACGCCAUCCACAGCGGUAGUCAGAAGUUCCAGCAGGCGGUCAAGGCCCUGGCCAGCCAGGCCCUGGUGCCCCUGCUCCUCCACCUGCUGGACUCCUGCCCCGCCGUGGCCAUGAAGUCCAAGCUCACGCUCCUGCGCUGCGCCAUCGUGCACAAGUGGGAGUUCCGGAAGGAGCUGUUCGGCAAGCUGGCGUGGGGCGAAGGGCUGGGCGCGGAGAACGACGUUUUUAUCUACGUGGUGGAGAGCAACUUCGGCAGCUACCACCAGUUCCUCAUGCAAGCCUUCACCUACCUGGGCAGCUCGCAGAGCAACCUGAAGGUGGCCGCCAUGAAGUUCAUCGGCGGCCUGCUGCAAGACUACUUCACCGACCUCUGCUUCUACUUGAAGAAGAGCGACGUGAAAACCCUGAAGAAGCACCUGGAGGCCCUCAGCCAGGACACGGACUCGGCGAGCCGCAGGUUCUACCGGAGGUCCUUAGCGGACAUCACGGAGCUGUCCUUCUACGCGUCCUGAGCCGCACGCAGCCUACCCCGUCCC